CGGAUAGGUAAGUGAUAACGAUUAGUCGAUGAUGUAAUCAAUUUUCUUAAUUGGUUCUGCGUUGUGUUCGCGAUUUUAUUUGCAGAUUAUUUUCACAAUGUUUUAACGUGAUAAAUGAUAAUAUAUUUGUAAAAUAUAGUAGAGCAACGGAGAUUUGACAAUUGGUGCAUAUCAGUUUAGGGCAGUCUCUGAUACAGUGUAGAUGUACCUAUAACUGAGAACUAUCGCGAACCGGUUUCAAAACAUCGUUAUCUACUGCUGAAGAUUAAGGUAUACUAAUUUGUUUCUGUGUGAUUUACAUUCUGUAAUUGAGUUAGGUACUCAUUUUUUUUUUUCAGAAAAUAACGCGCAAGUACUUAUCAAUCAAUGCAAAAUGCUGAUUGAUAUACCUGUCGAAGAAAUUUCAAAUUUCCUUCAUGUUUUAAAAAAGGAACUGCCGCAGUCAUUGUUUGCAAUCAACUUUAUCGAAACUUGCAAUAAAUGGAAGCAAAAAAAUGACCAAUUACAAAUCUCCUUGUUGUAUACUGAACGCAGCAUGGAAUCCGGUGUGUUUAUUGGAAUCAUGAGAUCAGGUUGCAACGGAAUAUUAGUUACUUUCUAUGCAUUCGAUAGUCACGAAAAUGAUCUGGAAACAUCUCUAAAGCAUGCACCAGUGGAUUGGAAAAAUGUGACCGCGUUUGAAUGUAUUAUCGAAAAACACAUACCCACAGUUGAAAAGCUGAUAUCUGAUCAAUGUGUAAAAAUGCGUUUUUAUCCACUCACUAUGGUCUCAAUGCCCAAAGAGGAUGCUUUAAAACUUGAAAUAAUAUGCCCAGAUGAAGUUGAAUUGGCACCAUUAAGAGAACAACAUAUUGAUGAAAUUUAUAAAGUAUGGCUUAUGAAGGAUACAUUCCACAUCGACACCUUGAGAAAUAGCCUACGUUAUAACGACGAAGCAGCAUAUGGAGUAUUCUGCAAAACCUCAGGCGAACUACUAACUAGAUGUCUCAGAUCCCAUUCUGGUUUCUUGAUAGCUUUACAAACAGUGGAAAAGGCCCAUAAUAAAGGAUAUGCUAGACUGUUACUGAAAUAUGUCGCUAAGAAUAUGGCUGAAAGGGAUAUAUUACCUUGUAGUUAUACGGCUGAUUUUAAUCAAACUGCGUUGCACGUGUUUCAAUCAACAGGAUAUAAGGAGAUGUGCAAAAUGAGAAAUUAUUGUUUAGCAGAAUAUUAUACAUGAAAAUAUAUACCUAUUCUGAAUGUAGUAGCAUUGCGCAAAUCAUGUAUUAAUUGAAUAAGUAUACAAUGUAAUGCAUUUAAAGGGUUUUUUUCAUGUUUCUAGGUACGCAAUUGAAGCAAACCAAGGAAAUAAAUAAAUAACCACAACGUA